UCCAGAAUAUAUAAAAUCUGACUUAACAGGACAAAACCAUUUGCAAGGACUGAAGAAUGGAGGUUGCAGAAUUGGAGAUGGUAUUGAAAGCGUUUGAAUCUGCUUUGUCUCAAAUUAAAUGGCGCCUCAAACUUGAAUCAAAGCGCCGCCUUCAAACAGACAUUUUGGCCUUGUGCACUGAGAUGAGGCCAGUUGUAAUGGUGGACUAUGGAGGGAAGAUGCCUGAACUGCAAGAACGUCUCUGUGCAUUCCUUAAACAUUGCAAAGAGGACUGCUUGGUAUUUAAGCCUUUGUGUGUUAUGGUUAUAGAAGAUAUGAUAUACUUAGUUCACGCAAGAGCAUUUGCAGAGUUUGUUAAGUCUAGUUUGAACUUGGAGACAAGACUGAUCUUUGUAGACCUUGAACAUGAUCCUCCAAAGAUGAUAACACAAGCAGAAGAAAGCUUUGCUGCAGCAGAACUUGUAUCGGCACAAAAGAUAUUUUCAUCCGUCUUUUCUGAAAAUGGAAUAAAGACUGAUCACUUGGAACAUCAAAAACCAGAAGUUAGAGCAAACACUGACUCCUCUGUUUAUGAGCCAACUUCUUCACUAUCUUCUGAAGUAGUUGAUCUCGGUGAAUGUAUUAAAGAAACUAAUGUUACAGUCCCAACUCUAAAUGGAUGGCUACUUGGUUAUCCUAUAGUUUACCUAUUUGGGAUGGCUCAUGUUGAACAUGCCAUAUAUAACCUCUCUACCAAGUCUCUGCAUCUUUUCCAAGUCCUUGUUUGCAGGAGUGCCAGAUGCAAUAGAGGAUCUCAGGCUCAAAAAGAGGAACUAAUGAGUUUCUCUGUGCCAUAUGACUUGAGCUUGGAAGGAAUGAAUGAACCAUGGGCAGAGACAUUUUUGACUCACAUAAGGGCAAGGCAAGAAAGGUGCAACCAAAUUUGGACAUCCCUACAAAUGGAGGUUAGGGCUUGUUAUCCACAAGCAAUUGCGUUAUAGUAAGUUGCUUUGUGCGUAAGUGUUUUCAUUUGCCAUUUGCCAUCAAACAUGAUAUCCGAAGAAUAUCUGCGUUGAGGCGCCGCUGAUAUUUCAAGUUAUUUUAUUUGAAAUCUUAGUAGGCGUUUGGCCAUAGAAGCCAAAAAAAGUCUCACUUUAUUUGGAAUUUUUGAAGUUGGAGUUGGUGUUGUGUUUGGUUA